AUGGUUGCGAAGGUUAUUUCUCUUAAAUUACAUGAUAUACAAGUAAAACUCUUUACUAGUUACUUCGAUUUUGAGCAGUUUACGCUACUUCAAUCACUAACAUUGAAUACAAUUCGAUUAAAUGAGAUGGAAAAAUACAUCUUACCAAAGUUAUCAACUUUGUCGAACAUGCAACAUUUAGCGAUUUUUGAUCAUUCGAAUACGUUGGAAAAAUUAGAGGUUUGCAUUCAUCAAGUAAUAUUUAGAUUACCAAAAUUAAUCAGAUGUCAUUUACCAUAUUGUCGAUUGUCGGCGUCAUCAUCAUCGUGUGUAACAAACAUCAAAUAUCUAACAAUUUAUUUUCAUUCGUACAACGAUUUGAUCCAAUUGUUUCAUAUAUCAUCGGUCGAAUAUUUGAAUGUUUAUGUUUGUAGAGAUAUUUUGACCAUCGACAUGAUCUUGCCCUCUAAUCCAUUUCAGUCAAAAUUGAGAUACUUGAAAAUAAAAGUAUCACACAUUGAGUUUGAUUUAAUCGAAAGUUUAUUAUUAAAUUUAGGAUGCCUUGAAUAUUUAUCAUUUUCAGCGUCGAAUCUAGAAUAUAUUGAUGGUAGACGUUGGGAAUACAUCUUGUCAAACUAUCUACCUAAUUUAAAAAAAUUUCAGAUUGAUGUAGGAUACCGAGUUUUGCCAAAAUCAUUUCUCGAUAACAUUAUUGGUAUUUUUACAACGUUUCAAACACAGUAUUGGUUAGAGCAUCAAUGGUAUUUUGUAUUCGAUUUUUGUCCUAUGGAGAAAUAUUUCAGGUUUUAUUCUGCUCCAUACAAGUCAAAGUGUUAUGAUACAGAAAUGAAGAAAUUCCAGUCGAAAAUGCCUCAGGUGAAUGGCAUCUAUGAUAAAGUGAACGACUUAAAGAUAACGAUGAGUGAAACGAUGUUGGAUGUUAAACAUUUAAUAAAUACUAUUGGCGACAACUAUUGGACUUCAACUGUUCAACUAUUUCAAAAUGUGCAGACAUUGACGCUUUUAAGUGCUGAAGUCGUCGAGCGGAACUGUUCUUCGUCAGCAAAUAAUUUGGCGAUUGUUAAUCUUAAUCAGCUAAUUAUAUGGGCUAAACUGACACAUUUAUCCUACUUUUAUCGAUUGGAUUUACUAGACCUUGUACUAGAGUACGCGACGAACAUUGUCUCCCUUUAUCUGCCGGAUGAGAACGAUUUGUUCAAAAUUACAAAAUGCUAUCCUAAAAUUCAUAAAUUAGGUUUUGAAGAAGGUGUUUUGGCGGUGCAAGGUGUUGAACAAUUGCGUCUAGUUUUUCCGAAUAUUGAACAUUUAACGGUGCAUAUUGAAUCAAUUAACCACAUUUAUGCAUUAUUGCCAAUAUUGUUUCAAAAAUGUCCACGUUUGAACUAUUUAGAUAUAUGGUCUGAUUUAGAAGCAUUUAGUUCGAAAUCUUUCUUUCAAUUUGGAUCUAAAAUAUUGAAUAAUUUUAUUUUCGAUAACAAUAAUUUUCACUUAUGGCUUUGGUGUGAUUAA